UAUCGAAAUCGAAACUAUUUUUGUAGAAGAUACAAUGUAAUGUUGCUUCCGCUUUCUACAUUAAGAAGGGAGGAAAGGAUUGUCAACUUAUAGUUUUCACCAUCAAAUCGUAUCAACUGAGAUUUUUUUAACGAUAAUUGACAAUUGUCAACUUGCGUAUACGGUGUUUUAAUGACUUGAGACUUGUCUAUGUCUAUCUCUAUGUCUAUAGCUCAUGCGAAAAUAAAAAAAUCAAAGUCAGGACUCGGACCCAGAAUCGGCUCAUCGUUAACCGUCUUCAAACUUCUGAACAUUUUUCAUUUUUUUUUUUUCAAUUUUAGGAAUCAUUCAAAAUAAUAAGUUCCUGUUUCUGUUCCUCCUUCGGUUACGGACGGCUGUGCGAAAUCGAGAAAUUUGGCAACAGCCACAGCCAUCGAACCGUGUCGAUGUGUGUGAAUGUGAUGUACUCAGUCCAAUCGAUAUUUUUAAAAGUCGACAAGGAAAAUUGGAGAAAAACAAUAUCGGAGUCGAUUUUAUAUGAUAGUGAUAAGGAAUGAAACAAAAUAAUUCAAGUCGCCAAGUAUCUAACGUAUUAAAUCAAAAGACAGGGUUAUCGUAAUUCAUGCUGAAAUUCUAUACAAAUUUUCUUUUCGUAACACUUUAUCGGAAUUUUGUGACAAUGGCCGCAGUAAAACCGAAAGUGAUCUUCGUUUUGGGAGGCCCAGGCGCAGGCAAAGGAACGCAAUGUCAAAAACUAGUAGAAGAGUUCAAAUUCAAACACAUUUCCGCCGGUGAUUUACUACGCGAAGAAAGAAAUAAGACGGGCAGUGAAUUCGGUGAGUUGAUAGAGACCCACAUAAGAAACGGUACGAUUGUACCUGUAGAAAUAACAUGUAAGCUGAUCGACAACGCGAUUCAAGCGUCAAAUACGAAGGUGUUUUUGAUCGACGGAUUUCCCCGUAACAAGGACAAUUUGGACGGAUGGUUACGUGAGAUGUCCGACAAAACUGACCUUCAGUUUGUGUUAUUCUUCGAUUGCCCUAUCGACACGUGUGCGCAGAGAUGCCUACAAAGAGGCGCAGCUGGUAGUGGCCGUUCAGAUGAUAAUAUCGAAAGUGUUCGUAAGCGAAUCGUUACUUUCAAUGAAGAUACACUACCUAUCGUACGCUAUUACGAGGAGAAAAAUUUGGUCAAGAAAAUUGAUUCGUCGAAGACCGCUGAAGAGGUGCACAGCGAUGUAAGAACUUUGUUGUCAUACCUUAAAACCUAAUCGAAUUCGAAUCUUCGUACGAGUACAGCAUUCGACGCAGAUUUCAAGUUGAUACAAUAUACGUGCAUAUGUGUACAUUACCUACGAUGCAUAAUAAUUGUAUCGUAUUUAUGUACUAUGCACACACGCGCGAUUCUACUGAUUUUUAUAUAAUCAUAGCUCCGGAUUCUGAUAAUUAAGAGGCGAUGUAACGAGAAGUUGAACUAUGUAUCAGUUUAUCACCCAUACGCGUACGAUUUUUCAAUAUUUCGAAGUACCAUACUAAUGUUAUCGAUUGUUUCAUCUUUAUAAUGUUAAAAAUAUACGUAUUUUUUAAAACCA